AUGAGGGAGUCCUGUUGGGUGGUUCUAACUUUUGAGUCUGUGGACGAAAUCCUGCCGUGUGAAUAUUCAAAUAAAACCUCUUUUGAAUUUAAGUGCUUCCGCAGCGUAUUAAUUGUUUUUCAGUGUUUAACACAGUGAAAUUUGGAAGUAUUGCAAAUUUCAACUUUGACCACAAUUUCGAAGUAAAAGUGUUAAGGACGCGGAAUUUUCCCUGCAAUUUUUUCCUUAUGCAACACUUAUGUCUCACAAUGUUUACGAAGUAGAAUCAAGUUUAACCUCUUGCAAAGCUUACUUUUUACCUACGAUUAAGCCAAGACAACGUCACCACGGCAUUACACUUUUAAUCUCGAUUGUAAUCAAAAUUUUUUGCAUUCGCACUCUUUGUGCGUGGGUAUUCUUUUCAACUCUACUGCCUUGGGAAUUCAUUUAAGCAAAACUUCGCAACCUGCGAUUUCAAAACGAGGCUUGGUGGUGAAAUUUGCCCGUCUGACGUAAACAUGCUUAAGGGCUAUUAUAGUUCAUAGCAUUCGCUGGUCGUGCGAGUUACAUUUGACUGCGGAAACGUUUUCACGAUUGUAAAUUGUAAAUACAAAUACAAUUUACAAUUUUUACAAUACAAUUUUUUUGGUCGUGCGAGUUACAUUUGACUGCGGAAACGCUUUCACGAUUUGACUUGAAACAACAAAACUAAUUCCCAGAAGUGGUCAGUGAUGUAAGAUUUGUACAUGGCCAAAUGAAUUUGCAUUUGUUGUUUAGCAAGUGGGCGAGUUGCUAUUUCCAACACUGAUAUCAGUCAUGACACUUGCUCUUUCAUAAGAAUCAAUGAGAAUCAAUCAGGAGAACGUUGCAGCUGCUCUCCUUUGCAAUCUUAUGACGUCAAUGAACACCAUUCCUAAUUCAAAUUUGUACGGAAAUUGCAUGUAAAACGCAUUUCGUCUGAAAAUACAAUGAUUUGUUUUUUUUAGAAUCAGCAGCAAAGAGGAGAGACAGGUGAAUAGGGAGCAACGACGACGGCGACGCCAACGAGAAGGGCAGAAAAGCAAUAGGUUUAAAUUGGCCAAACAACUACUUUGCAAGAGCAUCACGCUUUCUUGGUACAUUUCUUUGCCGUCACUUUACGACUACCACGUGAAAAUGCCUAAUUUCACGUUUUGUGAAAAACGUGAACACAAGACAACGACUCUCUUUUUCUUUUCCCGCACUUCGAUACAUUAUUAGAAUUCAACUCCAGAAAAAAUUGCCAACAUUAAACGAAUUGAACGAGAUGGAAGUUUAAAGCAGCGCGGCUUCACUUUUUAAGUGACGUUUUCGUAACCGUCGCCGUCUUGACCCCUACAGAACUACUCGCCGGAUAACACAGAAUGACGGCACUUGUAUUUUUUUAUAUAUGAGAGUUUCAAGCAAAGGCGUUUUUGAGCGACCCAAGUUAACCGGAAGUGAGACAUUCGACACGAAGAACACCCCGGUCUUUUUCACAGGGUAAUCCUCACCCCAACCCCCCCCCCCCCCCUUCAAUGGCGAACGAAGAAUACAAGUUUGUUUUACAGAAAAUACUCUAAGAAAAGUCUGACACAUGCUUAAGUUUGUAUUCGCUUAAAAUACGAUCAGCUUAACACAUUUUACCGUACCAAAUAAAACAGUCCAUACGACUUUCGUGUUACUGCCAGUUUUAAAAAUAUCUUGCUUUCAGCCACUAAUAUAUAUAAUUUAGUGAUUUGACGGCAAGUAACCCACCACUUAGACGUUGCGCACAUUAUCCAGAAAGAAACCAUAACAAAUGUCAAACAAUACUGAGCUAAUUGGUCACGUCGCAAGUUAAUCGAGAAAACAUUAAAGCCCGAAACUGUGGAUAACAUGUUUCUCUGCGUAAACCCUCUAUUUCACCGUCACGAGUGAACCAAACAAAAAAUUUUAAAAAAAAAUCGUAUUUUUUGGAAACUUCGUAGAAAUAGAGAGUACCACGAAGGAAGAACUCCCUGAGAGGCUUCAUCUGAACAGCUUCUUAAAAACAGUUCAUGUACGGCCAUAAAAAAUUAAAAACGUGCGACCACCGACAGGCUAACAGGAAGAAUUAAUUAACUGGAGCGUGAAAAAUUAUCUGGAAAUUGAAGGAGACCUCAAAAUCGCAUUUUGCUAAAAUAUGAAAACAUUAAGGAUUAAGGAUAGUUUGAAAUGAAAGAGUUCUGAAUGCCAUCCUUUUAAGGCUGGUUUUCACUAGCGACGGAGUCGGAGUCGGAGUCGUAAGCGGAGUCGUAAGAGCGCUUCUUGACCUAGUGAAAAUCAAAAAUCGGAGUCGUAAGCGGAGUCAUAAGCGCGACGGAAUCGGAGUCAGAAGAAUCAGAACGUUUCCAUUUUCUUCCGACUCCGCUUACGACUCCGUCGCUUACGUUCCGCUUAUGAUCUAGUGAAAACCAGAUUGUCGGAGUCGGAAGCAGAAGCGGAAGGAUAAGCCAAUCAGAAUGCACGUUCCCACGCUUUGUGAUUGGUUUGGUUCUUCUGCUUCUGCUUCCGACUCCGACAAUAUGGUUUUCACUAGAUCAUAAGCGGAACGUAAGCGAGAUCGGAACGCUGUUUUCACUAGAUCAUAAGCUCUACGCUUCUGAUUACGACUCCGACUCCGACUCCGUCGCUAGUGAAAACCAGCCAGGAGGGAAAAAGUACUCUAUCAGUUUUCUUCCAACGAACUUAUGACAAGUUUUACCCUUUAGAAUGACCAAUUUCAAUUUCUCCUUAUAGCAAUACUGCCCAAAUAAAUAAAGAGGUUGUGAGAAGAAGAUGAUCAAUAAGUGAACGAGUCUUUAUUUUUGAACUAACUCUCCCUAACAGUACUACAGGAAAUGUAUGGAGUACGGUGUGGAGAAUAUCCAUAUUGAUAUGAGGGUUAACUUUGGGAAGGGAGUAAACUCAAACGUUAGAAGGUACGGAGAGCGUAAAUGUUCCUCUUUUUAAUUCUUUCACUCCCAGAACUGGCUAAAGUCAAGAUUAGACAAAAAUUGCAAAUUUCCUUUAGGCAAAUACCAAAACAGAAACAGCAUCAUUUGAAAGUACAGACAAAGAGGUUUCAUUUGAGUGGUCACAGCAGGAUUUCCUCAACGGAGUCAAAAGUUAGAAGUAUAGUACCUGAAAGGAUUCAAUCAUUCACUUUGGGAGUGAUUGACGGAGGAAGGUGGGCUCCUGUUUUAGCAUUCAUCGGUGUUUGCAGUAUUGUUUACAAAUGUGCUUUUUUAUUGGUGUAAACAAUAACAUGAUCCUGAUCACUGUAAACUCUACUUCGGAACUGCUCUUGGACAAACACAGUCGAACCUCCACUAACGUGCCAUAUAUAUGAUGGGUGUGGUAACCCGCCACAUGUUACCUGACCUAUCUGGGGUACCCCACCUCCAUGUAAACAGGCCCUUAGUCUAGUUCCAUCCCAACACAGCAGAAUUCAAAAACCUCUCUCAAAAUGGUAGUCGUUCUAAGAAGUUCUGACCCUAUUUGGAAUUCCUACUUCCUUUUUUAGUAUCACUCCCAGAGCUCCCACAAAGACUGAUAAUACUUUUGUUUCUGCUCUCCAAAGCCUAGAUAUUUCCAUUGCAAUGCCUGAUAUUUUUCCUGUUUCUUUCUCUCUUUAAUUUCAACGUUCCAAUCGCUUAGUACCGCAAUGUUAUAACUACUAUUAUUCCUAUCAUAAUUAUUAUUAUUUUAACCUAUUGCAAAAUUAAUCCAAAUUUCCAAGAGAUCCAGCAGUAAAUAUCUGUUUUUUGCUGCGGUUUCGUUGCUCUAUAUUAUAAAUAAUAAUGAUGAUAAUGAUAAUAAUAAUAAUAAUAACAAUAAUGACAACAACAACAACAAUAAUAAUGGCUUUAUUCAGCAUUUCCACUAGCUGGUUCUUCGUCAUUUUUGUGAUUCUUUGUUCUAUUAUUUGUUGUGUACUUCAGUAGAUUUUUUGUUUUUGGUUUUGUUUCACCCGGUAAUCCCAGUUUCAUCCCAAGAAAAUGUCACAAACAAUAAUAUCACGGCUUACGGCAUUACGUUGGUCGAUGUUGACUCGACACAAAUGUAACCUUUUUACUGAAAAUUGCUUUUUAUAAUUCCGCAUUUGAGCACUGAAAAUGUAGGAGGGCGAGCAAAACAAAGCACUGAGCAGGUGCUUGAAUUUUUAUAAAAAUUCAAUGACAAAACAUCAAUAAGACUUGAUUACGUGUUAACACAUUCAUUAACACAAGCUGAAUGACAAAUUUUGGCUCAAACGAAAAAGAAAAAAUUAAAUAAUAAUAACCAUGAAAAUAGUGGAGAAAACGUAAGAACUUAUGCAGGGGAAAGUGAUGUUUUAAUCGUUGUAAAGGGUAUGAAUAAUCCUUAGCCCACGUAAAGAAUAGUAUAUAUCAUGCCACAGUUUGCAAUACGAUUUUUAACAGACAGGUAAUGUUAAGAAAUUAUCUUCCAGAAUAUUCAGUUUUUGAUCGCGAAAGUUAUAACAGCCAAGAGUAUAAAUAUAUUUUUGACUGCAACUUGAUCGCAAAUUUGUUUAUUGCUUGUUGGUGACACAGUCGAGAACAAAAAGCCCUGGUUUAUGAGCGGAUGUUGCUAAGAUUCUUCGCAUAACAUGACACAACAACUUUAAGUAUCUGGGGGAGUCACGAAGUACACGGCUUUUAUCCCUUUUUUGUUUUAAAAGGAUGCAAAUAAGGCACGUAAUCUGUCAGCGAUUCACCAUUAUUCGGAGAAAAGUGGAACUUGUUUCCAAUAAAAUCAUGAUUGCCCACGAAAGAUUGACUUAAAACUGUUAUUCAUAGGAGAUUAUGAAUACGAUUAUAUUACCUCUGAUGGAAAAAGGUUCACCAACACAUGUAAGAUAUGGCUACUUAAACAUGGAUGAUAGUUUUGCUACUCUGGCACGGAAACGGUUAAAAAAGCAGAUGUAA